AUGCUGCUAGGUCUCAGGCUCUCUCAUAUCAGACUCUCUCAAAGCUCAGGUCGUUUGCUAGCUUCUAAAGGUAGGUUUGGGAGUCUUGUGUACGUACCCCUCCCUAACGCGGAUGAGCGUGUUUCGAUUCUAAAAUCUAUUGCAAAGAAGAGACCCAUACAUCCUAGUGUUGAUCUGGAUGCCAUUGCAAACAAGUACUGUCAAGGUUUCAGCGGAGCUGAUCUCGCUAACCUGAUGGACAAAGCUAUAAACGAGGCAACGAAGGAGAAGUUCGUAGAUAUGGAUUUAAGUGAUUGCACCAUCAAGAUGACUCAUUUCAAGCAAGCUUUGUCCUUAGUCACACCAUCUGUCAGCAAAAAGCAAAUAAAACACUACGAGAAACUACGGAAGAAGCUACAAAGCAGCACCUGAAGAAACAACAUGGACCAAAUCAACCUAGGACCCCUCGAGUGAUUUAAAAGAAAAUACAUCUCUCUUAAUUUAUAAAUGUUUGCAAAAAUCGAGGGAGUUGCCAUAUGCUUUUUUUUUCUUUUCCUUUUUUUUUUCCCAAUUUGAGACAUUUAAUCAAAGAGGCCUAAGUUUUGCGUGUUCCAACUAGUCUUUUCGUCAAAAUUACAAGCGAAAUCUUAAUUUGCGCUUGGGGCAAUGACACAGCUAAUGAGUUAAGUUGGAUAUAUACAGAGAAGAUGUUGUAGUUCAAAAAUAUAUAUAUACUAGUGGUGUGCCGGCGUAGUAUGUAUUUUUUUAAUUCAAAUUUGAAAUCUUAUGUUAUUAUCUGGAGUAUUUAGGAUUGUUUGAAGUCAGUUUGUUUGUGUCGUGGUUGAGACCAAGUUUCUAUGUUUAAAAGUCUAAUGGAUGGUUGUUUGUUUUAAUUACGAUAAGUAGCGUUAGUAAUAGAUUUUUGUCAAGCAAUUCUCUUAUUUUGGA